CUUCUCCCUCAACUGUCUGUCUCCAACAAGAGAGCUUUUAAAGAAUCAAAGAACAGAGUUCAAAUUAUCUAUCCUCCACUUGUAUUGUAUUGUACCACUCCCACCCUACUUUCCCAGCUCUCAACCCGUCGGCCGCCCUUUCUCCUCUUGACACCUCACUGUGUUCUUCUUAUCAGGACCUACCACACUUCAAUUGCCUUGCUCCUUUCAAGUCCUACAGCCCCGUUUUCACCUCAAUUUUUUUUGUUACAGGCACGAUUUUGCUGAAAACCAGAACCAAUCAAAGCUUAAAGGCUUUUUUUUUCGCUUGAAUUAUGUUUCUUGAUCAUGCAUGCCAUGCCCCCUUUGUGUAUAUGUUUUUCCCCCUUCUUUUUUUUUUUUUAAUUUUCUUUGCUGGGUUUUUGGUAGGGAGUUGGGAGGUGUUAUUUUGUUUUCUGGAGGAUUGAAACUUUGUGAAAGUAUUAAUCUUUGAAGAUUAUAAUAUGGCUAUUUAGUUUCUGCAUGUCGUUUAUUUUCUCAAUCUGAAUGAAUUGGUGGUUGUUUGGUUGCUAAUUCAACUUCUAGGUUUCCAUGUAGAACUCAAUUUCAUCUCAAUUUGGUAAUAGGAAAAAAGUUUGCUGCAUCUGCAUAGAGUCCCUCGAGCUUGAAGUUUCUGUUUAGCUCGGUGUCCUGUUUACGUCAAUUUCACUUUUAUGGUCAUGCAUGCCAUGCCUACUUUGAUAUAGUUGCCCGCUAGUCUCUUUUCCAUUUUUAAUCUCCUUGUACGGUUCUGAAUCUUAUCUCGUCUUUUUUCUUCUUAAAAGUAUUGAUUUUUGAGGAUCAUGAAAGGGCUAUUCACUUUCUGCAUGUCAUUUACUUUUUCAAUCUGGAGAAUUCAAAUUGAUAGUUGAUUGCAAAUCUUUUUGCCGCUUUUUGAUCAAGUAAUGGACUGACUGGAUAUAAAAGCAGGACAAUUGUGCAAUUAUCCUUUUCUUUUGAGAGCACCAAAGUCAUAACCAAUUGAUUGACUUUUUGGUUACCUUUCAAUGUUUUUCUUUCUGUUGGUGCAUCAGAUGCAGAGGCUGCUGGAGAUAGUUUUUGUUAUAAAAAACUCGUGUUACCCCCUCAAAUGGCUCAGGACACUGCUCCAAGUGCUGAUUCACCAAGGAAGCGGCAUGGCUUAUUGAGAGACCAGGUUCAGUUAGUUAAGAGAAAGGACUCCGAGCGCUACGAGAUUGUUGCCUUAGAAGAUCCUCUAUCAUUUGAGAAGGGUUUCUUUAUAACUAUUCGUGCGUGCCAGUUAUUAGCUCAGAAGAAUGAUGGAAUAAUAUUAGUUGGAGUAGCAGGUCCUUCUGGGGCUGGGAAAACUGUGUUUACAGAGAAGAUCCUAAAUUUUAUGCCUAGUAUUGCUGUCAUAAGCAUGGAUAACUACAAUGAUUCGAGCCGUAUUAUUGAUGGAAAUUUUGAUGAUCCACGCUUGACAGACUAUGAUACAUUGCUUGAGAAUAUCCAGGGUUUAAAAGCAGGGAGUCCUGUUCAAGUUCCUAUUUAUGAUUUUAAAUCCAGCUCUCGCAUAGGUUACAAGACUCUUGAGGUGCCAAGCUCCCGCAUCGUAAUUAUUGAAGGAAUAUAUGCCUUAAGUGAAAAAUUACGUCCUUUCCUGGAUCUCCGGGUUUCUGUUACUGGUGGGGUGCACAUUGAUCUUGUAAAACGUGUGCUAAGGGAUAUUCAACGUGCUGGACAAGAACCUGAAGAAAUAAUUCAUCAAAUUUCAGAAACGGUAUAUCCAAUGUACAAGGCAUUUAUUGAGCCAGAUCUACAAACAGCACAUAUAAAGAUCACUAAUAAGUUUAAUCCAUUUUCUGGAUUUCAGAAUCCUACCUAUGUCUUAAAGUCAACAAGGACUGUUACAGUGGAUCAGAUUAAGGCUGUUCUGUCUGAGGAACAUAAGGAAAGUAGAGAGGAAACUUAUGACAUAUAUCUUCUGCCACCUGGAGAAGAUCCUGAAGCAUGCCAAUCCUAUCUGAGAAUGAGGAACAGGGAUGGAAAAUACAGUCUCAUGUUUGAGGAAUGGGUUACAGAUAGUCCCUUCAUAAUUUCGCCGAGAAUUACAUUUGAAGUUAGUGUACGGCUGCUUGGUGGCUUGAUGGCUCUGGGUUACACAAUUGCAUCCAUCCUAAAAAGAAGCAGUCAUGUCUUCUCAGAUGACAAGGUUACUGUCAAAAUUGAUCGGUUGGAGCAGCUCAAUCGGCAAUACGUUCAGGUCCAAGGAAGAGAUCGGUUAUAUGUCAAAUAUACUGGUGAUCGACUCGGAUUGGAUGGUUCAUAUGUUCCUCGCACUUAUAUCGAACAAAUUCAGUUGGAAAAGCUCGUUAAUGAUGUUAUGGCAUUGCCAGCUGACCUGAAAACUAAGCUCAGCAUAGAUGAUGACUUAGUCUCAAGCCCUAAAGAAGCCCUAUCAAGAGCCUCUGCAGACAGGAGGAUGAAGUUUCUCAAUCGUGGGAUGUCGCACUCCUUCUCAACACAGCGUGAUAAGAAUCUCAGUAAGUUGACUAAACUUGCAGUUAAUAAUAGGAGAUAUGAUGGAAGAAUGCCUGAUUCACCUGCUGCACUUCCUAACCAGGGAAUGAUUAAUCAACUAUCGGAACAAAUUUCUACACUGAAUGAGAGAAUGGAUGAAUUUACAUCUCGAAUUGAAGAGCUUAACUCAAAAAUCUUUACGAGAAAAGUUUCUUCCAGUCAACAGAAUUUGGCUUUGCAGGCUGAAGCCUGCAAUGGCUCUGCACCUACAUCUUACUUUGUGGCAAGCUUAGGCAAUGGUUCAUUGACUGGACCUGUAUUACCCAAUUCCUCAUCAUCUCCUCAAUUGGCAAGGGAAUCUCUAUUGGAAGAGGUCUUACUCAUCUCGAGGUCACAAAGACAAAUCAUGCAUCAAAUAGACACACUCAGCACUAUAUUACGAGAAUGUAUGGGGGAACGGUCGCGCCGAGGGAGGGCAGAUAGGACUACCAGAUCACCUGCUGAGUCCAUUGGUGCUCCUCUACUUCUGACCUUGGCUAUUGGUGGCAUAGGUGUUUUGUUGUUCAGAACAUUCUCAUCACAACAUUGACCCUGUGCUAAUCCUCAUCCUGCAGCAAACUGGGAGAUCAUAUAUAGCAUAGAAUAAAUAGAAAUGGAGGAGAAUGUAUAUGUUGCGUUUUGAAAAAACCCAGUGCUUUGGUAGCUUAUCCUAUGUUGUUUAAGUGACAGAAAAAUGUAUGUAUAAAGCGAUAUAGUUAACCUCAGUUUGUCUGGAGAAAUACAGAACCUGGGGACUCGAUCUAUAGCUCUGUAUUGGUAUUGGAAGGUGUGGCUUAGCGAAAAAACAUACUCUACUGAAAACCGAGAGAAAGAUAGCAAGCAAAAAUGCACUUGCGCGGCUGGGAACUUUUGACAAGAAUAUUUAAUUAUUCUAAUCUCAACCUUUUCACAAUCUUGUUU